AUGUCUGUUGAUGCAGUUGGAAGACAAGGUCUAUCACCAUUACAAAAGUGCACCGCCGCUAUUCGUAUGUUGGCGUAUGGAUCACCUGCUGAUAGUGUUGACGAGUACGUUCGAAUUGGUGAAAGUACUGCAAUUGAGUGCUUAAAGAAUUUUGUAGAAGGCUCAAAUAAUGACAUUACUGUGCUAAACCAAUCUCCCGUGUUUAAUGAGGUUUUGCGUGGAGCUGCUCCCAUGGUGAAAUUUAGAGUGAAUGAAACAAUGUAUCACAUGGGAUACUAUCUAGCAGACGGUAUCUAUCCCGAGUGGGGUACAUUUGUGAAGACCAUCCCAAUGCCACAAGGAGAAAAAAAGCAAAAGUUUGCCAAAAGACAAGAAGCAGCAAGAAAGGACGUGGAACGUGCAUUCGGAGUGCUCCAAUCUCGGUUUGCGAUUGUCAAUAAUGACAUAUCGGAUGUUGAAGUAUUAAGCGGUCCUAUUCCCGCUUUUAGAAAUAUGUUGGAAAGGAGAGAACAUCAAAUUGAAAAGUCAAUCCAUCGCCAACUUCAAGCAGACUUGGUGGAGCAUAUCUGGGAGCUUCCUGAAAUCGAUAAUAAUGAAACUUAA